AUGGUGGACCGCCCCGCAGUACAACGGGAAAAGAGCAGCCCUGGAAACCUGGCAAGUCUGCUGAGCUCACCAGGUGGCAGCAGGUUGCAGCGCGGUGGGCAGCUCUGCAGCUCUGGCGACGCUAACCCUCUGCUGCGAACAGAGCGCGUCGGUGUGGACGUAGAUGUUGACCUCAACACGGUUCGAGAUAGAAAGCGUCUGGAGCGUGAGGCGUACUCUCAGGCGGACAUCACGGACUCGGGCCUGGCCAGAAACUACAGUUUGCAAAGUCUCAUUCGCUCCCCUGAGGAGAUCGAGUCCAUCGAUCUCAAUGCGCCUUUCGUAGAAGAGUAUCUAUUGAACUGCAUCCAGCAAGUUCAAGCUGAGUUGAACGAAAUCCGAGAAGCAAGAACCUCGCUUUUGCGCACGGAAGAGACCUCCGCCCAGUUGACUGGGGGCGUGGACGGCGCUGUGAAACCUCGACGGCUCUUCAUUGUGUCGCACCGUUUGCCCGUACAGGUCCAUUUUUCACCGGUACAAAACAAAAACAAACCCAAAAUCUUGCUGAACUCCAGCGGGCUUUUUGCAUCGCUGCGUCAUCUGCGAAAGGAAUAUACGAUUCGAUGGAUCGGGCAACUCAUGCAGAUACAACAGCUCAGCGCUGAGCAGCAGGACAUUACGCGGCGUAUCCUUCUAGCUGAGCAUGGGUUCAUACCUCUCUUCAUUGACGCAAAAUUGUGCCGAAUGCAUCAAAUCUUUUGCAAUAGCGUUUUAUGGCGCAUAUUUCAUUACAUUCCAGUUGGCGUGGAAGGGGAGCGGGCGUUCUGUUCAGAGCUCUGGAGCGCAUACUGUCGAGUGAACGCACUGUACGCCGAGGCAAUCUCUCGGGAGAGCCAGCCUGGUGAUCUCAUCUGGGUCCAUGACUUUCAGCUCAUGCUGGUACCACAGCUGUUGCGCUCGCGUCAGGCUGAUGCUCGCAUUGGAUUCUUCCUGCAUACACCGUUUCCGUCCAGUGAGAUCUACCGGAUGUUGCCGGUACGCAGGCCGCUUCUCGAGGGGAUGCUUGCUUCGGAUCUGAUCGGCUUCCAUACCUAUGACUAUGCUCGUCAUUUUUUCAGUGUCUGCUCGCGACUUUUGGGAUUGGAAACCAGACCUAACGGCAUCGACAAUCGCGGGGCAGAGGUUCACGUCGGAAUCUACCCGUUCAGCAUUGACAGUACGAGCUUCAUCGCCGCUUCACGAAGCAGAGCGGUACAGGAGCGCAAGCGUCGGUUGCUUGAGGGCCCUUUCGCUGGAAAAACGGUCCUUCUGGGUGUUGAUCGCCUCGAUUACAUCAAGGGGAUACCACACAAAAUGUUAGCUUUUGAGCAACUACUCGAAUCGCAUCCAGAAUGGAUCGGGAGGGCCGUGCUGCUGCAGGUGGUGGUCCCGUCGGCUCCGGACCUGAGCUUGGACGCUGUCGAUGAACGCGCGAGUAGUGAUUAUCUGGCGCUUCGAGCGGAGGUAGAAGAACUCGCGGGCCGCAUUAAUGGACGCUUUGGAACGGUCGAAGACUUACCCAUCAUGGUUCGCAUCAUGGAGCCGGAUCUGGAGGAUCUCGUUGUCCUGUAUUCGAUCGCGGAUGUUGCUGUGAUUACGAGUCUUCGCGAAGGUAUGGGUCUCAUGUCGUAUGAAUUCGCCGUUUGUCAAGGUGAGAAACGCGGCGUGCUUGUGAUGAGCGAGUUCUGCGGCGCAGCGCAUUCGCUACCCGGCGCUGUACUCUGCAAUCCGUGGAGCAUUGAUGAGGUUGCAGAAACGCUUCAUCGGGCCAUGGCGCUCUCAAAAAUGGAACGAGAACUGCGGUAUCAGAAACUCUCGAAAUACGUGCAGAUGCACACUGCGGAUCGAUGGGCUGAAAACAUCAUUACGGACUUGGUGAAAACGACGGAAACUCGGCGGCAAUAUCGACGGCUUGAUUACGAGCAGCUUUCAGCCAGUUUCCGUGCUGCUCGCCGGCGACUGCUGCUGCUCGACUAUGAUGGCACGCUGUCGGCGUAUCACUCGCAUCCGGAGCUCGCUAAACCGGAGGCACGCGUACAGCGGCUGCUGCGACAGCUCGUUAUCCAGCACCCGAAGACGCUUGUCUUUGUUAUCAGCGGGCGAGAGAGGGCCACCCUGGAUCGCUGGCUGGCCGCAACCGGUUGCGGCCUCGUUGCAGAACAGGGCUAUGCUUUUUGCUGGCCAGAUGAUGCCUUUGCGGCGCUAGACAGUGGCAGCGGCAGCGGCAGCGGCAGCGGCAGCGCCCCCGAGCGACUUGAUCCACGGAUGAGACCAGCGGCCGUCAAGGCCGUGGCGCACGACACCGCCCCAGCCUUGCGGAGCCCAGUCGAUAAGACGGCUCUAUUGGAGCCUCGUUCUGGAACUGGAGCAGUCGGUGCUUACGGACCUGCGAGAGCAACGCCUCUAUCCCGUAUGUGGACGCAACCGCUCUUCGACCACGAUCCCGAGGUGCUUAGUCGCGCUUUGCACACCGCGAUCGACAUCAUGCUGCGUUUCGAAGACCAUACACCGGGAUCUUUUACUCAGAUCAAAGAAAGCUCUGCAACCUGGCAUUACUCGGAAGCGGAUCCGGACUUUGCAUAUUUCCAAGCGCAAGAGCUACGCGCACACUUGGAAGAAUCGUUGAUGCAUACACCACUAGAGGUACUCAGCGGCAAGAAUAUUGUUUACGUGCAUCCGCGGGGUAUUCACAAGGGCAACGCCGUGCGAUAUAUUCUACAGCAACUCAAAAUAGAGGAGCCAGACUGGAUCCUUUGCAUGGGCGAUGAUAAGAGUGACGAGCGCAUGUUCGAAGCAUGCAUGGAGUAUGUCGGUGUCCGAGAAACGAAUCCGAAAACGAGUCCCAAGCUGGUCGACGAGCCGAGGGCGCAGAGGCACGUCACCCUCUUCACUUGCACUAUUGGACGCAAGAAUAGUCUCGCAGAUGCCUUUGUCGAGCGGGUUGAUGAUGUAUUAGAGUGUCUGGAAAGUCUACUCGAUGCGUCCGCGAUGGAUUCAAUGGUUACAGUAGCACCGAGCGCUGACUCGGGGAAAUGA